UUGCUCCAAAUCCCAUCAACAUUAUUCUUGCAUUAUGCAAUUGCUCCUAGAGACAUCCUGCAGCAAGUCGAUGUAAUGGAGUCUCCAAUUUUUUUUAUCCUGGUACACCAACCACCGCAAUGGCGUUCCCUACCCAACUUGUUACUCUCACAUGCCUUACACUGCUAGCUGUCUUGUUGAUCGCCAUGGCAGCUGAUAAAGACUCCACGGCCUCUGACCACAUAGAUUGCGGAGAAUCAAGCCAAAACAUUGAUGAUAGUGGCCGUACUUGGGAUGGGGAUGCUGACUACAAGUUCGCGCCAUCAGUAAAAGGAGUUGCAGCCACUGCUCAUUUCAAUGACCUGCACCACAUAAUCCCUUGGAGGACUGCACGCAUCUUCACUUCAAAUUACACCUAUUCCUUCCUUGUCAGCCCAGACCGCAUGUUCUUACGCCUCUACUUCUGUCCGGGUGAGUACUAUGACGACGAUGGAGACUAUGCUAUCUCCAAUGCCUUCUUCGGUGUCACGACAGGAAAUCUUGUCCUCUUAAAUGAUUUUAAUGUUUCACAAACAGCACAGGAUAUCAGUUUUGUCUACCUUGUGCGUGAAUUCUCAGUGAACGUUUCUUCAGGCAGCUUGGACCUCACCUUUGCCCCAUCAGCACAUCGGAAUGGUUCUUAUGCAUUUGUGAGUGGCAUUGAGAUUGUGCCCAUCAACAGAUCGGAAUGGUUCUUAUGCAUUUGUGAGUGGCAUUGAUUAAAUAAGGAUUCGGCAAGCUACAAGGGGAGAUACAUCAUGUUACUAUAUGGCCUAGAGAAGGUACAAACAUCCUUUUGCUGACUGUGGACAACCAAAGAAGAUAAAUAAUCAUGAAUAGGAGUGAAUGGUUCCUUCUAGUGUUCCUUAUUUUUGCCUGUUCCUUGAAUCAGGCUAUCAUGUAUGUGACUUAUUUUUUUUACUUUAGUUCAUAAGUCAGUACACAUCGGCCAUAUGAUUGCUAUAUUUUCAUUCUUAGUAACAAUGGUAUGACAUGAGCUUCUUUAAUCAUAUUCUACUUUCAAAUGGCAAAGACCAUGAUUGGGUUGAAACCUCAAGGAAUAAAUAAUCAGAGUGAUCCUGUAAGGACAUUCUGUCUUGUGUCAUGGUUGUCAAAGAACAUGGAUGUUUACUUAUUUUUCUUCCUACUAUUUGAGAUGAUUUUUGGUCUUUAAUAUAGUCCUUUUCUCUGUGUGUCUGGUAUGAACCUGCAAUCACAAGGCAAAGUGUUUGCAUAGCACACCUGAAGCUCGGUGUGUCAUUGAUAUUCCAUUUUGUCUGUGAGGCUGGUGGCGGAGGGGACUAGGAAGUCUUCUUUGAGUGAAAGAACAUGAUGUAUUUCUUGCUUCAAAAAUAUUUCUGCAGGUACUGAAGUGGUUUGAAUUGGAAAUAAUUUGCUACUGGUUAUAGUCUAUCUGUUGUUUUUUCUCUUCAUCAAUAUUAAUUCACGGUUACAGUUAAGAGGUUUAUAUGGUACAUUUAUUUUCCUCAAUGGAACCAUGUUGAAACAAUAGUUAGUGUCAAUUCAUGCUUGCUUAUGAUAUGGAGCUGCAUUUUUGGACAUAGUGAACUGAACCAAUAGUUAUUUUUGGAGCUGCAUUAAGAGGUUAUCAAAAUUCAUAAGCAACUUGUGCAUCUUUUGCGACGAGACACACUCAGGAUGCACCAAUGUCUUUUUCUUGAUGCACUAUUGCUACUGUAAUCUAAUUGUUCGCAAGACACAUUCGAUUAUCUAGAUAUUGUUUGGUAAUAUUCUUUGCUAUAUUGAUGGACCUUAAUGCCAAUCAUUGAAAAAAUUAGAGAUUUCUCACACCAAUAUGUUUAAUAUCUAUGUAGUCUUUUUCUCAAAAUGGACAGGCGUGGGAACACGCGCCAUCAGGGUCUAGUUAUUUAUACUUCUUAGCUUCAAGUUCAAACUUAUAUGUUGAAGCUUGUUGACUCUUGUGCCUUAUCGAUCGUUUGCAAUUUAACUUUGGAUACUCAUGCGUGUGCUAUUGAACUUAUAGCUAGGUUUGCAUCACAGAUGCCGUCGACGGUGGGCAUACAUGCUGUGGUGGAAGCUCAUUGCAUAUUGUAGGUUGAACUCAUGCUUUUGUUUGUUAACUCUUGUUGCAUAUGUACACAUGUUGUGAACCUUCCUUGAAUAUGUAUGUGUGUUUUUGUGAAACUAUGUUGGAUAUGUAUGCGUGUGUGGACUUUGAACUCAUCAUCGGUUUGUUAUUGUUGUGAACUUGUAAUAUAUUGGAUAUGUAUGC